AUGGGAGUGACUGGCUUGGGCGGAAGUAUGCUGCUCUUUCCCUGUUUGGUCUGUUUUCCAAUGGUCACCUUCGCAAUCGUCCUGAUCUUCGGACACGAACUUCCCUUGGGCCGCUCGUUGCCAACGUGUUGGCUUGAUCGGAUCUGUAUACAUCAAACAGACAUGGACAAGAAGAAAGAGCAGAUCAAUGCUUUGCCAGUCUUUGUUGCGCAAUCUUCCAAGAUGCUGGUUUUGUGGGAUCAGACAUACUUUGAAAGGCUUUGGUGCAAUCUAGAGUUGGCAACGUGCGCGCGUUAUGGGGGCACUGAUAAAGUUGAGUUGAUGCCUCUUUGGUUAGCUCCGUGGUUGCUGUCCACAAUUCUCCUGGAUCUGUCAAGUGCAGGCAUAUUGGAGAUCAUGGUCCACCUUUUUCCCAACUACAGUGCAGCAUGGAUGCACGACAUUCCUGAGAUGUCUGAAUCUAUAUUCGGGCACAAUCCUGUCAUGGAAUCAUUCGUAUCUAGUUUUGACGUUUGGAUGUUUUCGGGCAUCUCUUACUUGCCCGUUUCUAUACCCAGCUUCUUCUGCUUUCGAGCAAAGUUUCUCAGCCAUCAGUUGAUGCUGGAGCAGAUGUCAACUUUUGAUGUGAGAGCAGCGCACUGCACAGUGGCUUCAGAUCGUGCUUCCAUAGAGGAGCAGGUCACGGCGCUGUUUUCGGGGAUGGAGGACAAGACAGCAGCACCUUUGCCAUCUGCUGUUGAUGAUGGCGAGGUGGUUCUUCAACGAUUCGAACCGUUGCAAGAAGAUCCUUUGGUCCGCUUCAACGCAUUCAUCCGGGGCAACCUGCGUGAAUUCGUGAUCUCUCAGAUUGGAGAUGAACUUUCAGUGCCGUAUCACAUUUGUUUAGUCGCAUUCCUGCCAAUGAUUUUUUAUUCCAGCGUCAAUGUGCUGGGAUGUGACAAUGGGCCUUGUGCCAGCUCAGCCAAACUGGCCGGAUACAGAUCCGUGAGUGAGUACAUGAUCACGCAAAUUGUCGGGUGGGUGCUUGUUUUCGUUUUGGCAUUUCCAUUGACAUACCCGCUUCUGCUUCGAAUGAUCAACUGCGUGCUCUCCUUCGGCGACGGUCCAUUACAGCUUCUCUUAGCCUUCCUUUGCUGCCCCCUGGCCUACAUGUACAUCUACGUUUGCGGCGGCAUUUGUUGGGGUGCGUGGCUAACUCUGGUCAAGGAGCCUUCCCCAAUCCAGCUGCUGGUCUUCCUAUUGGUCUUGGCUGCGCUCAUCAUGCAACUCCUCUGGCUGUUUCAAUAUCCAUCCCGCCGGCGCGCGGAAUCUUGUCGAUGUGUGAAACGUCAAACCUAUGAGGCAUUGGCUCAUGUACAGUCAGGAAAGUAG